CCUCACGAAGAAAGGCACACAUCGAAACCCACGACCACCGCAAAUCAGAUCUCACAAUCUCCCCGAAUCCGCCGGAAUAUGGCUCUGGAGUGGGUGGUGUUAGGCUACGCCGCCGGUGCGGAAGCUAUCAUGGUGCUCCUCCUAACGAUCCCCGGCCUCGAUGGCCUCCGCAAGGGCCUGAUCGCUGUCACGCGGAACCUCCUCAAGCCGUUCCUGUCGGUUGUGCCCUUCUGCCUCUUCCUGCUCCUCGACAUCUACUGGAAGUACGAGACGCGGCCCCAUUGCGAGGCCGAUUCCUGCACCCCAACCGAACACCUCCGCCACCAGAAAUCCAUCAUGAAGAGCCAGCGGAACGCCCUCCUCAUUGCCGCCGCUCUCCUUUUCUACUGGCUGCUCUACUCCAUCACCCAUCUAGUGGUCAAGAUCGAGCAGUUGAACCAGCGCAUUGAACGGCUCAAGAACCGCGACUAAAUGGGAUCCAUUGAUCAGAGUUCUUGCGAAUUUCUAAUAGCAUAUCUUGGUUUGUGUUUUCGUUCCGUCUCCUUUGGCCUUUUGUUUUGAGUUUGUGCUUGGGUUCCGUAAAGAAUUCACUUAUGGAUAUUCGGUUUAAUGGCUGUUUAUUUGAUAAUUUAGGGUUUGUUUGAACAAAUUCUGUGAAAUGUUUUAGUCUUAUAUUUUAUCAUCUUCGUUGUUCAGUCUGUUCUGUAUUGUCUGUUUCUGACGGAUGAACUGAAUCGAUUGAAAACAUUUAGAGGAUGACUUUUGUUUUUUCUUCAUAUGCAUAUCCGUAGGAUGCACCUAGUUAUGGUGCCUUAAAUUGAAUAGAAUAGGUUAGGAUAAGGAAGAGGAUGUAGCAGGAUGAUAGACCAAUGUUAGUUUCCAUAUUUUGUUUUGUUUCAGAAGCAUCCAAGAGGUCGAAGGGAAAAAGGCAAACUGAAAUGACACAAAAUAAGCACCUGGGGUGUCAGCCCAUUUGGUUGUGAAGGUGCACCAGCAAGGCCUUGACCUUAGUUCAAAUCCCCCUUCCCCACCAAUAGUAGAUGUUCAAAAAAAAAAAAAAAAGACUCAAAAUAAUCUUUGCCCUUAACAGAGAUGACAUGAGAUAAACAUAUACUAACUGGUAAGUUGUUCAGUGUGAUAAAGCUCUUAAUACUUAUUUCCCUGGAGGGAGAAUGUGAGAUUUGGUAUGUCUUUUCAGUUAAUAAGUCAGGAUUUUCUUU